AUGCCUAUGACAGAUGAGACAGACGACAGCGGAGGGGUCAUCCUGGAUGGCCCCUUUGAUCCAGAUGCUCAAGCUACCGUCACAGACUUCAUCGAUUACACCGAAUACCUCCCCGCCGACCUUAUCCGCUCCCUUACACUGAUCCGUGGCCUUGACGAUCGAUACCUCGACUCGGCGCAAUCCGUACACCAGCUCACUCAGCUCUAUGGCCAGCUCCCAGGUCUUCCUGCAGAGGAUCGACCAGGCGCAAUCGCGCUGCGCAAAGACAUAUCAUCCCAAGUGGAUCGCGCUAUCAACGCGCGUGAGUCCGCAUAUGCAGAAGCUUGUCGCCUCUACGAUGUUGUUGAUCGCCACUUUGAACGAUUGGGCUGCAUUCGCCAGAAGCUUGACGCGCUGCCAAAACCUGCUUCAGAGGAGCCUUCACCGCCGCCAGAACCUAUACCGAAACGCGCGCGCGCAGGCAAGAAGAACAACCGGGAACCGAAAACGCGUAUCACUUUGCGCUUGGAUCCCAAGCGAAGAGAACACAGGAGGCGCAAUUCGAUCAUCGAUGGCUCCUUCGAUCCGGACUCACCACUUGCUAGUACUGAGCAGUCGGACAUUGAGGGUGAACUUCACAGAGCUGCCCCCAGGCCAAGGCCUCCCAAGAAAGAGAAGGCGCGUCGCCCUAGUUCGGGUACCGCACAGUCAACAGCUCAAGCCCUUGCACAAUUAAAACCUCCACCAGCCGACGCGAAGCUGGGUAGCGAUGACCUACCAUGGCUCCGAUUGACCGAGUGGGAGAUGACCCGGCUUCGAAAGAAGAUGAAAAAGAACGCUGUAUGGCAGCCGAGCGAAGUGAUGAUCCACCGCGAAUUGGCCUUGGCAAACCGUGGAUGGGAGGCCUAUCGUGCUGCAAAGGUUCUAGCGGAAGAAGUAGGGUCGGAAUUUAUCGACUGUGACAACAUUGAGCAGACGCGACGUGGCGAGAUUGCCAAGGACCCCGAGGAAACAAAAUUGAGCAAUCGUGGAAUGAAAUUGAAUCAAGCCAAAAAGUUGAAGCGUGAACAGCUGGCCCGCGAACAAGCAUUGAUAGAAGGCGAAGGAGGCGUUCUGCCUAGACCUUUGCCAAGCCCGGCACAAGCGACCCCAACUACAAAUCGAUCGUCGCGGAAGAGGAAAUUAGAUGAGGUGGCCGCCGACGAACCAGAAGCCGUCUCUGCAGAGCCUCCAACUCCUGCUCCUGUUCCCGCCCCUGUUCCACCUGCUCCUGCUCCUGCUCCUGCUGCUGCAGCACUCCCUACCAGGUCUGGACCGCCUCGGCGUAAAUCCAGCCGGGGAGCUGCUCCAGCUACAGAGACCAUUAACGAACCACCUCCUCCAAUCAAGACUCGCCCUUCUCCCGCAGUGGAAGCGAAAGCAUCUCCACCUCCUCCUAGCCCUACAGGAUCACGACGCUCCAAUCGAUCCUUUGUCCUGCCUGUCACCACACCAACACCCCCCGUCACACGUCCUUCAUCCCGGCGCUCUGUGGCUGCCGCAUCUAUUGAAGGCGGCACCCUUGGCAGUAUUCCCACAGCGAUUGCAGCAAGUGGACGUGACCGUCGAAUCAAGAGCGCCACGCCUGCCCAGAAGACUCCAGCCCGCGAGUCAUCACACGGACCAGGCGCCGCUGGCCCGACCCGCCGACGUAAACGACCUGCACCAGGCCCCAUCUCCACCGGCCAAGAUGGAGGCGCGGCAGUCAGCUAUGGACGACGCAAAGCCAAGCCUGGCAAGAAGCGCAUCAACAUCCGUGACUCCCAAGAUGUUCGCGUGGAUGAAGAUGGCGUGCUAGAGCAAAUUGACGCCAAUGAGCCUCGCUAUUGUCUCUGUGGGGAUGUUAGCUUUGGUACCAUGAUCUGUUGCGAGAACCAAGAUUGUGAUCGGGAAUGGUUCCAUCUUGAUUGUGUGGGCCUGACUGAGGUUCCCUCUCGUACAGCCAAGUGGUACUGCCCCGAGUGCCGAGUCAAGCUGCAUAAAGGGGAGGAUGGAAUUAUUAAGGGAGGAUCGCGGCGUUAA